AUGGAUCCCGAUGGUGAUGCGGCCGCUUUUGAGCGAAUGGCCGAAGACAGAUCUAACUAUUUGAUCCCGGAUCCGUUAACUGCGGAACAGGACCGACCUCAUAAUCGGUCAAACGGUGACUUUCGAGAAUACAAUGGGAUGAGACCCACAUCACCGGUGAAUCUGAACAACUGGGACUGGUUGCGACUAGAUGCUCUAGGUCCCGGUUGGGAGCAGGCAUUGCGUGAUGUACCGGUUAAUCGUCGAGAAGCGCUCAAUCUGCUAAUUAUCAUGAAAAAGAAAUUGCUCAGAGCUGCCAACGAACUGACUUUCUACAAAGAACGAGUCACUUUACUUCAGGAACAAUUGAUCUACCAGAAAAAGAACGAGGAGAAGUUCAUUCGGAAUGAUAGCUACACAGUGGAUGAGAAUACGGCUGACAAGUAUCAUGAUGACAUGGAAUUACAGUUUAUUCAUGCUAUCCGGGAGGCGGAAUAA